GGGGGGGUCAUGUUGAACCAACCAAACCUAACCUAAAAUUUCUUGAAGCAGAAGCGCUGAGGCAGUGGCUGGGCAUAACAGACUUCACCAUAAAUGUGAUUGUGUAAAGUACGUGAGAAAUUUGACGUUCUGAUAAAAAUGCCGUAUGAAAUUUAUGGACUUGCCACCAGGUACUAUGGCAAAUCAUUAUGGGAAAUUUUAGGAAAUUUGAGGAACCAUGGGGUGGGUAGAAUUAUCUCUAAGAACGAAUAUAAACUAGAUUUCCCUGAACCUAGCUGGUACAGAAUUUUGAAAGUGGAAGCCCUAUCUCCAGAGGGUAGGAUUCAAGUUCUGCCGCCUGUUGUUGACAUGGGUGAAGUGCGUCGAGUUCGAGCUCUAGUAGAUGUUGUGAUUGGGGGAACAUAUCGUGGCCAAAAAUGGCUUAGCGAAGAGACAUAUAUACCGGACUAUAGUCUUAUUCCUAAAGAAGAAGAAGAGGUCUUCACUAAGGUUAAAAAAGGCGAGCUUCCUCCCAAAUUUGUAGACCCCAACAUAUAUCCAACGGCUACUUCUUUUCCGCCUCUUUUAAAGGAACUUGUCAUUCGAGAUAUGAAAGCCAAAGGCACAUACACUGGAGUAGAACCUUUGCUACCCCUCAAGUACCAGAAGCUAAGUGAAGGGAGAGAGAGACACAUUAAAGGCUUAUUGGCUGUUGACGGAAGCCAAUGGAUGGUGGAUCCAGUCAGAGUUGCACAAGAAGGUGAAACUCCCACAGUUGAUAUGAGUCCUGGACUAGGAAAAACAAUUAGCCCAAGAUUAUAUGCAAACAUUAAAAAAACUUAAAAGUGUUGGUAUUUUCUUUCUUUCAUGUGCUAAUUAUAAAUGUAAAAUUUCACUUUACGCCUGUCUUUCUAAGUUAAUAAGGCUUUACAAGACAUCUUACCAUUUUUUUCCAUUACUGGGGUAUAGUUUUCUUCAAGCAUGAGAACUGAUUAACCAUAACUAUACAUAUAAAUAGGAUGUUAUAGUGAUUUGUCUUUGCUAUGUGGAGGUGUCAUCUUAAACAAUGAACAUGUAAAAGAUGCGAUUCAUUAAAACAGCAACAAACUA